GAGCCGCGCCGGCCGCGCCCGCUCCGCGCCGACCCCCACGCACUCGAUUCCUUGUACUUCACGGGCUUUGCAGAGAGCAACGGGACCUUUGUGAUUGCUCGCCUGGCCAGACGCCCCGCUGGCCUCUGUGAGAUGUGGCUCUUCCUGAGGCUGGACGGGAUAGGCGAGUUUGAACACCCACAGCAUCCAAACAUGAUGGUGAGAGAUGAAUCCAAGGAGAUCUGGAGUGGAGGAGGACUCACUAUGGAAUACUUGGAGCCCCAAAUGUGCUGGAAGAUAAAUUUUGAUGGAUUACUCAGGAAAGGAUCCUACAGGCAGCAGUGGAAUGAGGAGGAAGGAGAACUUGUAGCAGUUAAAUUCUCUUUGCACUGGGAGAACUCCACAGAUGUUUUUAACUUUAAUGUUGACAGUAACCCCAGCACAUUUGCUCGUGCUUUAGCCCAGGAGCCAUGGACCAUCGAGCUCUUCCAGAGGGUCAAAAAUCAAAGGGAGCAGCAUUUCCGACACGAGCAGUGGGGCCAGUCGGUUGGAGAGAUUGAAAUAGAAAAUUCUGGGAAAAUUGAACUUUCCCUCAAAGGUGUUCGGAGCCACUCCUAUGGUAACAGCCCUGGAAAGAAUUCCCUCCCUGGGGAAUGCCUUCACUGUAGCUGGGCAGCAAAAUUAAGGAUUGUUGUUAAAAUAACCAGUUUCAUGAAGUUAAGACAUUCCAGAGGAAAUACCAUCACUGCUUUGGGGACAUACAUUGCUUACCAUGUUAACAAUUACUGGAUAUUUCUUUAUCCAGAAAAGUUAUUGUGAAGUCAGUUACUGUUAGUUCACAUUUCCCAGGAAUGGUGAAACUGCAGG